UUUUUUUUUUUUUCCUCCCCUUCCCUGCCUAAACUCCUCUGUCAGCCUGUAAACAUUACCUGAGAAUUCCCCAGCCGAAACGGCUGCCGGGGCAAGAAACUUCUUCUAAGAACUUUCCACCUCCGGCUUCUCUUCCACCCCUCUUAGCGUCCCAACUUUCGGAGACGUUUUUUCUCCUCCCGAGGCGAAUUUUUUUCUUUUUCUUUUUCCUCACCCGGUACUUAGCAUUUGGGAAGAGUUGAUUUCACGAGUGGCCAGGUGGGACGCCUCCCUCCUCCAGAUUCGGUUUAUUUAUUAUUGUUUGGGGUGUUUUCUUUUUUAAUUCUGGUUUUGUUUGGUCAGGGGAGUUUAGCCCCCUGUCUGGCUCAGCGACGCGGAGGAUGGUGUGGAAAUGGCUGGGCGCGUUGGUGGUGUUCCCUCUGCAGAUGAUCUAUCUGGUGGUGAAAGCCGCCGUCGGACUGGUGCUGCCCGCCAAGCUGCGGGACCUGUCGCGGGAGAACGUUCUCAUCACCGGCGGCGGGAGAGGCAUCGGGCGCCAGCUGGCUCGCGAGUUCGCCGAGCGCGGCGCGAGAAAGAUUGUCCUAUGGGGCCGAACUGAGAAAUGCCUGAAGGAGACGACAGAGGAGAUUCGGCAGAUGGGCACAGAGUGCCAUUACUUCAUCUGUGAUGUGGGCAACAGGGAGGAGGUAUACCAGACAGCCAAAGCUGUCCGGGAGAAGGUGGGUGACAUCACCAUCUUGGUGAACAAUGCUGCUGUGGUCCAUGGGAAGAGCCUGAUGGACAGCGAUGAUGACGCCCUCCUCAAGUCCCAGCACAUCAACACCCUGGGCCAGUUCUGGACCACCAAGGCCUUCUUGCCGCGCAUGCUGGAGCUUCAGAAUGGCCACAUCGUGUGCCUCAAUUCCGUGCUGGCGCUGUCUGCCAUCCCUGGUGCCAUCGACUACUGUACAUCUAAAGCCUCGGCCUUCGCUUUCAUGGAGAGCCUGACCUUGGGGCUGCUGGACUGUCCGGGCGUCAGUGCCACCACCGUGCUGCCCUUCCAUACCAGCACCGAGAUGUUCCAGGGCAUGAGGGUCAGGUUUCCCAACCUCUUCCCCCCACUGAAGCCAGAGACAGUUGCCCGGAAGACAGUGGAAGCUGUCCAGCUCAACCAGGCCCUCCUCCUGCUCCCAUGGACCAUGCAUGCCCUUAUUAUCUUGAAAAGCAUACUUCCCCAGGCUGCCCUCGAGGAGAUCCACAGAUUCUCAGGAACCUACACCUGUAUGAACACUUUUAAAGGGCGAACAUAGAGGCAGGAUGCAGAAAUGCACUGAAGGAGCCACGGAGCCUGACGGGCCACAGCACCCGGGAAUCCACCUGCAGGCCUUGGCACACCUCUGCUGGGUGACCAGGACAGCGCCUGCCCAGAGGGAGAAUCUGGCUGUCUCCCGGGCCAGCCCCAGAACUUUUGCACAGGUGUAACUCUGACCCUCAUGUGGAGGCAAGAAACCAGCAAACAGCCACCUGGACACUUUUGUACAUGUCUAAUUUGGUAGAGUUUAUUGUUCAGUUGCUUCUCAAGUCUAACCCGACCCAGCAGUGUGCAUAGACUUUUUCUGGGAGGGCUUGUCUCUGGAGGCCCCUCCUUCACCUCCACAAUCCACUCAUCCUCAGCUUGCACAGAC